UUUUGAUCGGCACGCAUUGAUGGAGCGCAGUAUUCCGGAAUCAGGUCGUUGUGUAAACUUCCUGCACAAACAGCCUGUGACAGGGGUGCCAUUGCACUCCGGUGACAAGUGCACUGUUUUUAUACUAUCCUUCUAAAUAAGGAAACAGGGCUGUCAGACAUAUGACCACCGUCCCGAUUUGGGCGCUGCCAGAGUGCCCAUCGCAUCCCAUGAUCGCGCGCAAGCCGUCCAAUAAGGCUCAGCAUGCGACCCCCAUUUCACAAGUGGAGUGCCAGCAGCGUCCCAUCAUCAUCAGUCUCUCCAGUUCUUCCUAUCCGCUCGCAACUUUCUCCCUCCCGCUCUCUCCUCCCCCCUCCCCUAAUAUGAUGUCAUAUAAGGAUGAGGGUGGCUUCUGAGGUGAGAUAGGGAUUUUGUUGAGAGGUAUUCUCCACGACUCGAGGCUUUGGAGCUGCAAAACAUGGUCAUCACCACCUUCUCCAGCUCAAGUCGUGUCUCCGCGCUCUCUCCCCGUUCUUCCGCCGCUCUCAUCUCGGGCCACCGUCGCAUGCCCGAAGUCCUGACCUGCCUCGCUAAAUUAAGCCUGCACCACCAUGCCGAGGGAAGAAAAACUAGAAGAGGGGUAUUUUUAGUGCCAUUAAUUUUGACCACGUGCCCCGAAGGUAAACCCGAUGGCCAUUGCGCAAAGGCUCCUCAUCAGUAUGGCCUGCGAGGCCAACGCGCAACACUGGCCAAGGACUGCUAUUCUGCUUUUAGGAUUGCUCCUAGUUGGGAUUGUGUCCUCCAAUCCGCUUCCGAGUAGGACUAAUAGGACAACUUUACUGGAGAAGCGAUGGGAGAGCCUCUUCUCCCGCUCCGUGCUGGGGAUCUCUGGAGAGAGACCAGAGGCGAACUGGGAGAAUGACUAUUUGCUGGGCAUCAAAAGAGUGCGGAGGCUGUACUGCAAUGUAGGCAUCGGGUUUCAUCUUCAGGUCCUCCCAGACGGCAAGAUAAACGGUGUACAUAAUGAGAACCAGUACAGUCUCAUAGAGAUCUCCACUGUGGCCAGAGGAGUGGUUAGCCUGUACGGUGUGAAAAGCGAGCUGUUUGUCGCAAUGAAUAACAGAGGAAGGUUGUACGGAACGGCUACCUUUAAAGAUGAAUGCAAGUUCAAGGAGACCCUGCUGCCAAAUAACUACAAUGCCUACGAGUCCUCCGUUUACAAGGGAUUCUAUGUCGCUCUCAGCAAACACGGCCGAGUGAAGCGAGGCAACAAGGCCACCACCGCCAUGACGGUCACCCACUUCCUCCCUCGAAUAUGAGCAGACUCUGGCAAUACUUCUUCAUUUGCACUGAUCUCCCAGAGAGAGCUGAAAACUGACUCACAAACAUACAAUCAACUGCAAGAAUAUCACCAAAAUAGUACUUAUGCUGUUUUUUUAUAUGUAUAUUUGGAUAGGUCAGCUUUUUAUUAGAAUCUCUGAAUAUGUUAUCCGUCGCUGCUUACUUCUUUUAUUUAAAUAUACGAUUGAUUAUGGAUGUGGAGGCUCUCCCAGCUUUCCCUUCUGUAAUCAGGUGCUUGCCAAGAAUCAAACAGACUUUAGGAUGGAUUAUUGAAGUCCUCCACUGCUUUUUACAGUGAAAUUAUGUUUUUUAUUACCUCGAAGAGCUACCUAGAUUGUUUAAAAGGAUGCAUGAAGUUAUGCUUGUUAUUUUUAGUUCCAUCUGAGCCGACACAAGCAUAACAGGUAUUUAUUUUUUUAUCUUUGACUUUGUUUUCUUUCUGUUGUUCUCAUGCUGUGGGUUGUGUGAGCACUUAUAAGGAAGCUGAUCUCUCUUGCUGCAUGUCACGCUGAGGUGCCUUGGCAUUCCCACGCACUGUCCCUUUAACAUGCAUGCUCUGAACGCCCCGGGGUGUCAGAAAUAGGGCUGAUAUGUUGGCCAGGGCCCCGCGGGGACUGUCCCACAAGGGCCCCAGAAAGGGGCGAGGGGGAUGGGUGUGCAUCUCUGCUUUAUUUUACUUUUCUCUAAUUAGAGAACACUGCAUGAGAUGCGAGUGCGGCUUGUAAACACUGGUCAUCUCUGGUGUUCAGCAUCAUCUGAUGUUGACUCAGAAAUUAGGUGUAACUUUAGCCCCUUUCACAUGAUAAUCACAGUAAAUUGUCGUAAAAAUUACUAGAAUUAUUUUUCCAGUAAGCAGUGGCUUUGUACUUGUAAGAGACCAUUCAUACAUCAGUUCCAAAUUACCGGUAAACUCAGUCAUCGGAAAUGACGCAGUAAUUUUUCUUCAUUGGCUUGUAUGUGGAGAUGUGUUUUAGUUUAACUAUCUUUUCAAUUUGAUAAUUUUUUUUUUUUACUUCUCAGUGACAAGCGUAAGAGGAUUAUUAUGGAAACCUGUUUCCUCCACACACAAAAAAAGGUAAUUGCAUCUUUUUAUCUCAUUUAAUAUAGACGUUUUUACUUGUAAUAGCGAGUUAAUGGCUAGUAAACAUUUCUCAAUUCUGAGAAAUAAAUGUUAUUUGGAAAAA